CGCGCGCGAUCAAUGCGAUACUAGUAAACAGUACAACAACACCGAUACCACUACGCAACACCGGCUCUCUCGCCGCCACCGCCGCCACUACACCGGCGCAAUGCUCACGCGCGUGGCGUUGCGCUUCUCUGCGCGCUCACGACUGCCAAAUGUGCUGCCCCGUUGCAAUCGCGCAGUCCCCAGCCCCCUCGUCCUUCCGAUCAGAACAUAUGCAACGCCUGGCCGGCCCAAGAGCGUUGUUGGCGAGCCGUCACGUCCGGUAAAACGCGCCGUCAAGAAAGCUGCAUCGAAGCCCCGCGAUGGUACCUCGGCCGCAGAGAAGAAGGUCGCGGCCAAGAAGCGCAAACCAGCCGCCAAACGAGCAGUGACGCCUGAGGAAGCAGCGCAGAAGGCCGUACGUGAAGCUGCUCGCAAGGAGAAGGCCACAGAGCGCAAAGCAGCUGUCAAGAAGAGGACAAAGCUCCAGGAUCUUAAGGCCACUGCACUGCCCGAUGCUCCCAAGAAGACAGCCUUUCCCUCGGCAUACCUAGCGUACUGGGCAGAAGCUGUCAAGGAGAGGAAGGCAAAUCAAGGCGUCAAGGAGCGCGUCAAAGAAGCUGCUACGGAGUGGAAGCAAAAGUCUGCCGCAGACAUCGAGCACUACAAUCACUUGGCACGCACGGCCAAUGAAGCCGCAGCAGCAGAGUACAAGCGAUGGAUCUCAUCGCAUUCACCAAACGAGAUCCGCCUCGCAAACCUGGCUCGCGCUCAAUUGCGUCGCCAAUACCCCACGCAAAAGGGGAAAUGGGCGGAGCUAUCUGACGAGCGUCGUCCAAAGCGUCCAACAACCGCAUAUCUGAACUUCGGUAUUGAUCGACAAAGCAGCGGCGACUUUGCCAACAUCAAGGUCACCGAACGUAGCAAGCUCAUCAGUCAGGAAUGGAAGGCGCUCAGCCAGAAUGAGAAAGAUAAAUAUCAGCGUUUGUUCGAGCAAGACAGGCAACGUUACGAGGAAGAACAAAUCCAGGUGUAUGGCCAAGCCACACCACGACGCAGCAAACCCGCCGUAGCUGCAGCUGCCGCUUGAGUCUACUUACGCCAAUCCCGAUUUGUAAAUGUUCGCGACAGUUCGCAAUAAGUUCACGACCUUGAUUACGCGUGUGGGGGAAUCUAUAUCUGUUUGUCGAUGCUGCUCGACACCGCGAGGUGUCCUUGUAAUGAUGAUCGAUUUCCAUUUGUCGUUUGCCGCUGGAGGAGUGAGCGACGAGGAGACAUACUCGGGCUGUAUGUUGUUGGAGCCUUUGCGUGCCAUGCUUGACACAGUGAAAAGGUGUGGCAGGUCGCGCCUGUACCGCGUGUACCAUAGCGGCAGAAUCUCUCGUGUAACAGUAAAUAGCAGCAACCACAUGACCAUUCU